AUUUUUUUCUAUGGGGAUAUUUAAAAUCGAAAAUUUAUGGUUUUGAUGAAGAAAGGACAACCAAUCUGGAUGACUUACAAACAAAAAUUCGCAAUUGUAUACAGGAUAUUAGUCCCGAUAUACUAGCGAAUGUAAGGCGAACUUUUUACGAUAGAUUGGGCUAUUGUUUAGCACAGAAUGGUGGUUUAUUUGAACACCUAAUAUAAAAAAUAUUUUAUUUUUAUAGUUUUUUGUUUUAUUUGUUGUUUUACAAAGUUUAUUUCAGUUACUUACGAAUUGUUUUUAUUUUUAGAAUUAAGAAUUUGCUUUGUCUUAUUUGAAUUUCAUUUAUUAUAUUAGUUAUUAUUUUUAUAAUAUUUCUUAUCAUUGAACGAUGUCAAACGACUGACUGCUCUCCGAUCCACUACUCUUGCGAUUCCCCUCCCACAAACAUACUCCGCGCGCAUAUGCACACACACAAGUAUACUUAUACGUACGUCCGUGUUGGGUGUAUCUCCUAAAAUUAAAGUUACCAAUCGGUAUAUAUAGGUUAAAUAACAGUUGAAUUACUCGCAAUUGUGAAAAACCGCGAAUUCUUAUUGGUUGUUAACGUUAUGAAUGAAAUAGUCCUAUUAAUUUCGCUUUAUACCAGCAGUAGUUAUCCUCGUUGGUUUUCGUACAAAUUGCACCUGAGUCUCGGAGUGUUCUCCGGGAAUAAAUCCACUGCCAGAUUCGCUUUGGCGGUCUACAGAAACUUGUCCGCGCUGUUGCCCCAGCGAUCCGUUAUCAGGCUCAAGGAUGGUAUUGAAAUGGAAUACGAAAUUUUAUCAAACAUCGCAAGCGUAUGGAUCCUACCUAAUCCCCCACUAACAGAAACAACAGUCACCAUGGAAUUCCUUCAUCUCAGAAACACCACAUCCGACGAUUGGAACAUCAAUUGCGCAGUUUCCGAUUUCGCCAGUUACGGAUAUACAUGGGAUCUUCAGAAUUGUCGUACAAGGAUUUUGGAUGCCUCCGCUUCGCGAUGUACGUGCACAAGAACCGGCACGUUUGCCGUUUUGAUGACGAAGAGACCUACUAUAGCAAGUCCCGCAGACGACCCCGUCCGUCAACACGUUAUCGUCCUGGCCGGGUGUUGUACGUGUUUGAUCCUAUCCACCGCAUCGGCAGCUCUCCUGACUACGCACUGGGCGCUGAGCCGGUCCUGUAUCGGCUUCAUCAAGCUGCAGUGCUGCUCAACCAUAAUUGGCGCUAUGGUAGUUUUCGUGUACGCCAUCUGGAGGGAAUUGACCGACCCAUCGUCGUUUCUCUACCUGAUGAGCUUUCUGGAAAGUUUCUUACUAACAGCUAUGUCGUCACAACUCAGCAAGCUCCUUGUUGUUUAUACGGAAAUCGUUCAAUUACAACGAAUGGGUAGUAUUAAACAAACCGUUGUUUUGAUCAUUACAGGUGCUCCGUUAAUAGCAGUAUUUGGGAAUCAUUUGGCUCAUAGAUCUAUGAAUACGAAGUUAACGUCGUGGUGGCUACAAAUUGGGAGUUUAUCUUUUAACAUCUUCAUUGCGUGCUUUGUUAUCCUCAUAGGACUUUUUUGUUUGGUUUAUAACGUCACUAUGAAAAAAAUGGGUGCUAUUAAAAAGAAGUAUGAUAAACAAUCGCAUAUUUUGGAUUUAAGGAUAAAAGUGGUGCAUAGAUCUGCUUGCGUGUUUUAUUCCACCACGUUUAUGAUCUUUAGCAGUAUCGCUUAUGUUAAUUUCCCCAACAUGAUGGUUUGCCAUUAUUUGUUUGCGCUGUUUUCAAUGAUUUUGGGUGUGUCGUUGUUGUUGUGUUAUGUUUUGUAUUCAGAAGUUUCAUUAAGAGAUAUGCUCCGCAGUGGUUUCAGGAAUAUAAAAGGAAGGAAAUCGCUAGAGGGAAGCUCGGAUCCACUGAAACUCUACACAAAACAAAAACCAGAAACGGAAAACGACUCCCCAAAUUAUUACUUUGGUAAAAAUGGUAAAGCAGAAACGCACUUCACAGAGGCAAUGUGCAAACACAGAGUUUCCGAGAUUUCCUCACCUACUUUCAAAACUUAUUCAAGCGCAACUUUUCCGGAACAUUCGGGAAUCGACUGUAUUGAUUACGCCAACAAUCCUCAACAAUACAUGGCAAUCUCAUCAAUGCAAGCCGAGGUUAAAUGCUUCCAUUCCCCCGAUAUUCUUGGUAGUGAAAAAUUCGUUGAGUUAGACCUCGUGGCUUCCUCAUUCCAAAAAAACCCACCCACAUCGGAAAUUAAAGCAGAAAUCAUUUGCAUCCCCACAAAAGUCAAAUUACCUCAAAAUCCUCCCAUCAUCACGAUUACAACUGAGGACUCGUCCAAAGAAGAAGACGACCAACGCCUCCAACCCGAAGGGCAAGAAAAAGCACAAAACGCAGUCAAUGAAACCGUUUCGGGUGAUAAUAAAAUUAGAUUUGGUGAUAAUCUCGAUGAGAUGAUGGACAAAAUAUCUCACGACUUAGAUUAUUUGUUAAACGAUAACGAAUUAGCCGUGCAGAAAACUUUACCAUCAAUCCAAUCGAUGAAGAGAGUGUCGAAAUCUCAAGUGUGCAUCUUUGAGCAAAUCAAAGAAGAACCUGAGGAGGAAGUUAAAGUUCCCGAAUCAAUAACCAACGUUUCACGAACUGAUUGCUGAUAAUUCAUCAAUUAAUUACUUUUUUAUGUAUAAAAAUAAAAUAUUUGUGGGUCAAUAAACGAAUAAAGAAAAUUUUUUAAUAACUCAUUUGCUUACUUGAUACGAAAUCAUAUCAUAACUGUAUUAAAACUUCACUGCGCCCGCUUUGAAACUGUAAAUCAAGCCGGAAAAUGAGUGCAACAUUGAAAAACACUAACGAUUAUAAAUAAUGUCCUGUGAUAUAAACUCGCGUUGUAUAUUUGUGCAACUGCCGAACUGUAUCGAAUUUAUUUUGAUUAACCGAGGCCCCUUAUUUCUACCGAAAAACGUUCGCCCAACGCAACGGCCGACAUUAAUUUGAUGUUCUCGGUGUGUGAAUGGAUUUUCAAUAAAUCGAUUGCGUAUACAUAGU